AUGCUUGGGGUUGAGGGCUUUCACAGCUUCCUGAUGCUUCGUGCUGGGGGCUUCAAGGUUCAGAACUUGGUGGCCUUGUGUGGCCAUGUGAGGCUUGGGCCCUUCCCAAAGCCCAGCUCCAGGUCAGCCUGUCGACCCACCUCGAACCUCAGCCACAUUCACUCAUCUUCCCUCAGGAAGGAACGUCUGAACAUGCCCCCGCGCCGUUCGUCCUUCAAGGGCCCCGGAGGCUGCAGAGCCUUGAAGCUCCUGAGCCCCUUCUUGCUGUCCUUGCCGGACAUCACUUCGGGCUGCUUGCAAAGGCUCUUCCGCCUGCCGCGCCCGGCGGAGCCGUGCACUUGCAGGGACCUUUCAGCCCCCACAAAAACGCCCUCAAGCCCCCCAACUCUUGAAGCCCCGCAGCUCUUCUCCAAGGCCUACCGCAAGCUCCAAGCCCAGCUGCGCCCUCGCGCAAGGGCCGGGAAAGAAUCGCUUCACUCCAGCCGCGCCCUCCUGGGUGCAGCCUCCUUCCAUCUCCGGGUUCGGUGCCAUUUCUCGUGUGCUGGGCACCUGCCUCUUCUUCACUUCAGGCACCCCUGA